AAAACAAACAUGGCGGAAAGAGUACGACCCUUCGCUACAGCAUUCUUCGUCGUGUCCUUUCUUGUUAGUAAAACCAUUGGUGAAGAUGAAGGCGAAAAGUAUAACCCGAAUGGUCCGCUUGUGAACUGCAGUUACUUACCUAUAGACUUUCUUGAAUGUGAUCCACCACAUGAUUUUACAUCAAAUAAAACUGCACAAGAGGAGUCAGGCUAUGGAUGUUCUAAAUUUGGCGGUUCAAAGUAUGAAGACGUUCAACACACACGGGUAUGGUGUGAAGUUUUACCUGGAAUUGAGUGCUUUGGAGAAAGAAAAUUUCUCAGCUUAGAAAAAUUUCCCUGUAUCAAAUAUUCAGGUCACCGUUUUGUGACAACUCUUUUGUAUUCUAUUCUCUUGGGAUUCCUUGGCGUAGACCGCUUCUGUUUGGGACACACUGGCACAGCUGUGGGUAAACUCCUUACACUCGGGGGGCUGGGAAUCUGGUGGAUUGUGGAUGUAAUUCUGCUUAUAACAGGAAACCUUAGACCUGAAGAUGAGAGCAAUUGGGUGCCAUUCUAUUGAAGGAUACAAAUGUACAUGUGGACAGGAUUUCUGUAUGGAAUCAGAUUGCAGGAAGCAUACCAAUCUGGUUUAGCAUCAUUGUAUGCUUCGUUCGAGAUAAUUCAAAUACAUGCGUUUUACACGGACUUGUGGCAUGAUGAUGUUCCGAGGCAAUUCUGCGCGUAUAUUCAGUUUUUAAAGAGAGACCAUACCUGCCAGAGUAUUCCUGAAAAUGACUGUUGCUGGCUAUAAACAUUUCGGCAAUCCGUGGAUAGGUUUGUUAAGAGUCAAAUGAGAACGAUAUCGUCCACAACCUUGAAUGUCGUAUCAGAACUUGACAGGAGUAGAAACACAUCACUCUACAGGCAAGCUACAUUAACAUGUGCAGGUGCUUGCACUACAAGAAGGCCCGGAAAGGCACUGUAGAUGGAACAGGCAAACAUGAUGAGAUAUGCAUCUCCAUGGCAUGUUUGCUUUGACAGCAAAAUUAUAACGUAUUCGAAGAAUACUUGGAAGGACAGUUGAAAAACAUACACUUGUUUUUAUUUAAGUACAUAAAAAAUAGUGAAAUUAAAGUAGAACUCCAAAUUGCCAGACAGAGAACAGCACUUCCGUCUGUUUAUUGAUCCAAGGUUUCUGCUGAAGCUUGAGAAAAGACCCGUGAAGAACUCCCUAUAGAUAGUUUUAGACUAGAUUAAUAAAUGUGUACAGCUUCGUUUGUAAACUGUAUGAACCAGUUCAAUUA